UUAAACAGUGUGAAGCAUCAGCCUGCGCCGUUCAUAAAAAAUGGGAGGGAACACGGAGGCGGGGAGCUGAAGUGGAUAACGUUCUUCUGCAGAACAUACAGCAACCUUUUGCACUGCUCUGCUGUUGAUCGGUACCUCUAAUGGCGAAUUCUAUCUCCUUCCAUCAGCCCACUCAUCGCUUCAUCUCCUGCCCGCAGGUGAAGGAUUUCCGAUCUUUCUCCUCGCCAAGAUUCAGUAACUAUCCGUCCACUUCCCCUAAAAGCAGAUUGCGGCCGAUUAAAGCUGCAACCGAAACCGCCGCAUUUCCUCUUCUACAACCUCCGAAAGCCGACGAAUCUUCUCCUUCUGAGUUGGAACCAGCAGACCCUGAUUUCUAUAAGAUAGGAUUUGUUAGAAGUAUGCGAGCUUAUGGAAUCGAAUUCAAAGAAGGACCUGAUGGGUUUGGUGUAUAUGCUUCCAAAGAUGUUGAACCUCUUCGCCGUGCUAGGGUAAUCAUGGAAAUUCCAUUAGAACUAAUGUUAACCAUAAGCCAGAAACUCCCCUGGAUGUUUUUCCCUGAUAUAAUUCCAGUGGGUCAUCCGAUAUUCGAUAUAAUUAAUUCGACAAAUCCAGAGACUGAUUGGGAUUUAAGGUUAGCGUGUCUUCUGCUGUAUGCAUUUGAUCGAGAUGACAACUUUUGGCAGCUCUAUGGUGAUUUUCUACCAAGUAUUGACGAAUGUACAAGCUUACUUCUAGCCUCCGAGGAAGAACUUUUGGAGCUACAGGAUCCAAAUCUUGCUUCAACCAUCAGAGACCAGCAGCAUCGUGCUUUAGAUUUCUGGGAAAGGAACUGGCACAGUGGUGUACCCCUUAAAAUUAAGCGGCUUGCUCGAGAUCCUAAAAGAUUCAUUUGGGCUGUGAGUAUAGCACAAUCACGAUGCAUAAACAUGCAAACAAGGAUCGGAGCUUUAGUACAAGAUGCAAAUAUGCUAAUUCCUUAUGCUGAUAUGCUGAAUCAUUCUUUCCGACCAAACUGUUUUUUCCACUGGCGUUUUAAGGAUCGGAUGCUUGAGGUGAUGAUAAAUGCUGGGCAGCAGAUCAAAAAAGGGCAAGAGAUGACAGUCAAUUACAUGAAUGGCCAAACGAACGACAUGUUUCUGCAGAGAUAUGGUUUUUCAUCUCCUGUGAACCCUUGGGAUAUGAUCGAGUUCUCCGGGAAUGCGCGUAUUCACUUAGAUUCGUUCUUAUCAGUUUUCAACAUAGCUGGGCUUCCUGAUGGUUAUUACUACAAUGGUCGGUUAUCGAACGAGGAAGAUACAUUCGUUGACGGAGCGGUAAUUGCAGCAGCAAGAUCUCUGCCUUCAUGGUCAGAUGGAGAUAUCCCACCUAGCCCAAGCAGGGAGAGGAAAGCAGUUAAAGAGUUACAAGAAGAAUGCCAACGGAUGCUCGCAGCAUUCCCGACCACAUCAGAACAAGACCAAAAAAUCCUAGAUUCUAUGCCACAAGCUACAAGAACGCUAGAAGCCUCGAUCAAAUACAGAUUGCACCGAAAGUUGUUCAUGGAGAAAGUGAUCAAGGCAUUGGAUGUUUAUCAAGAACGGAUACUGUUCUAGUUCUGAAAAUUUUGUACUGCAAUUUGAGCUUAGCAGGUAUUAUGAAAUUGUGUUUCAGUCCCUGUAAAGAUGUUGGUGUAGCUACAUAAAUUUCAUGAAGUAAAUUCAGUUAUUAGUCGUUAUUAAUUGUAGCAUCAACGGGAAAAAUUUGAUAAUCUUGAAUGGUUGCCUCUUUCUUAUA